GUGCAUGUUUUUCAGCUAUCCAUUUAGUGAAAUGGUUGUCAGCGGCGGCACGCGUACGCACAGCACUGUCAGUUGCUCGCAAGCAUCACACUCACAAACCGCAUGCAUGCCACCAUUUGUCGUGUAACAUCGUAGAUCGAAAAUUUUCUGGCCAGUUUUAGAAGGAAAAGAGUAGCUAGCAAGCCGUUGCUGGUGCUUGACAAUCACUUUUGUCACCGUCAAACAAGCCGAAACACCCUUUCCACAUGCACCGACACUACAGCACCCGUGUUUCGUAGCUCACCAAGUAUUCCAGCCGCCAGGUUUUAACCCCUAUUAUCGCCAGCCGUCAACACGAAUUCCCUAAGUCACCCGGUUGGGCCCACGGUGAGCUGUUAUCUGCAGCAGCGCCAGGGACCACCGCCAUCCACCUCGGCCGGCGUUCCAGCCGACCAACUCGCACCGACGCCGCCCGCCGCCGUUCGACCACAGCCGCCGCAUCACGGCGUCUUGGUCGGCCCCGGCGCGGAGAGCCAACCACCCGGUAAAGUGGGGAGCUACGUGGAGUGCACUGCUGACGAGUCGGAGCCCGUCAGGAAACGGCUGAAAAUGUCCACAGUUAGUAUGGACUCGUCUGCUAGCACCGCCGGAGAGGACGAGGUACGGACAUUGUUCGUAAGUGGAUUGCCCAUGGAUGCAACACCGCGGGAGCUGUACCUUCUGUUCAGAGCGUAUCAGGGUUAUGAAGGCUCCCUGUUAAAGCUUACAAGUAAACCUGGAAAGAGUUCCUCUCCUGUAGGCUUUGUCACGUUCGAUAGCAGAGCAGGUGCAGAGUCGGCAAAGCAAGCGUUAUCAGGUGUUCGUUUUGAUCCCGACCAACCCCAGACAAUACGACUGGAGUUUGCCAAGUCCAACACCAAAGUUACCAAGCCGAAGCAGACGUCCCCCCAGCCGGCCAACCUGCCCAUGGUGGGGCCCCAUCCGGCACAACUGACACCUCGAGAUCCCUAUGAUCUUAGCACUGCUGUGUUUUUACCACACGCUGCAGAAGCAUGGGCACACCAUCCCCUGUCAGCCGCCUAUGCCGAUUUGACCCCUGCCACCCCAGUGCACCACCAUCCAGUCUUUGCCGCUCACCCUGCCUUACACGCACAAGUGCCCGCAGACGGCGCCAGGGUAACUUAUGUACUGCCCCACCAUGCACACUCAACUGUUGCACAUGCCCCCCACCCCCACCCCUCCACCUCCCUGCCCCAGCAGACACUGCCCAUGAACGUGGCCAAUGCGGCCACCAUGGCGGCUAUCGCUGGCUCCGCACCAUGCUCCACUCUCUUCAUUGCAAACCUGGGCACCGGUGCCAAUGCUGAGCAGGAGCUGAGGGACCUGUGUAGCAGCAUUCCCGGUUUCACUAGACUACGAGUGCACAACAAAGGCGGUGCCCCGUGUUGUUUUGUGGAGUUUCAGAAUAUUCCUUGUGCUACACAAGCCUUGACACAUCUGCAAGGUGUGCUGCUGCCGUCCAGCGACCGCGGAGGCCUGCGGGUAGAGUUUGCCAAGGCUAACAUGGGAGAGAAAGCACUCGAGUUGGCCGGUGGGCUAAUCUACUCACCAUCACCGGCGCACCACCACCAAAUCGGAGUGGCGCCCAUCAACCGUACGGCAGCUAGCCCCAUAUUCCAGUUCUGAUCCAAACCAAAAGCCAAAGCGUCUUGAAAUCAUCCCAAGGAUCUCUCCUGUGAUGCCCCCACAGACCGUGCUGUAAAGGCCUCCCAUCAGAACCUUGGCCGACAAAGACAUUUUUGGAUUGACAAAGGCAUUGUGGGAUUGAUCAAGGAGUAACAUGUGAUGCAGCACAACCUGUCAAGUUGCUGCAGUGGAUGACAGUAUUGUCCUGGCCACAGGGGCUAGGCUCAUACUGCAGGUUUCUGUCUGUUAUGAUUUUGAAGUAAACACAUUUUUCUUUAAAUAUUUUAUGUACAUUAAUGAAUCGUAGACUGAGAAAUGAAAUCGACUUAUUCCAUAGCAACAUUGAUUGUGUUGUGCAUCGCUGUGGAGUGUGGAGUACCAUGUGAAAGAUUCCAACAUCAAGUUGAUGUGCAUGGUUAACUUUCAGACAUAAACAUUCUCGUUAAAAGUAGAUCCACACUCUCAUUAACAGAACAUUGUUUCAACUUUUCAGCGUAACUAUGCAAUGUUCCGAUGUUUUGACUUCUUGGCUCAGAUUUGAAUGCCUCCGUGGCUGAAAAGUGAUUUGUAAUACCCACAGGAAGUAUAUAAAUGAAUGCCUUGACCAGGCAAGCCUUGUAAUCCUUUGCAUGACACAUAACUUUUGGAAAGAUCUGAAGAAAUAUCCAAGAUUUAUCUUCUGUUGUUUUUUUCUUAUAAAUGUGGAGAUUUGAAAUUUGGAUUGGAGGCACCAUCAAAUUCCAGUAAGUUGGAAAUUAAUCUGGGAUGUACUGCUGAAUUUGAGAUUUUGCAGUCUAAGAAUACUGUCAGUUGUCAGUUCAGACACCGGAUAGAAGGUUCAAUUCGAUAUUAUUUGUGUUUUGUCCACUGGGACAGAGUUUUGGAGAGCGGUAAACAAUCAGAAAGCGAAUAAAUUUCAUCAUCUCAGGUGGGAACUCUGUCUCGAAUGCUGAGAUUCAAACAUAAAAAGUGUCUUUCAAUCAGAAGAAACAGAGUGCUUUAGAGCCACAUUGUGGCUUGGACUUUUUACGUUCUUUCUUUGAUCAGAAAUGUGCACUCGUGGUGUGCUCAUGGUUUUUACCCCAUUAAAACUUAUCAUCUUUAUACAGAGUGACGUUUUGAGGCCUUUUUUGGCCUGUAAUAGGUUUCAACGGUGUGUAAUAAUUACUACAGAAAUUCUGAAACUAUCUGUGUACAAACAAACUAGAAAUUCUGUUUUGUUGUUUGGCAUUUUGGCCAUUCACAGGAAAUCGGUUACACAUGACUGGGUCAAAUUAACAAAGAGGAACCCUCUGUUGACCUCAUUUGCAUGAUGCGACCAAUCACAGGGCAUGUCAAUGAAGCCAGAUUAAAUUUCAGGAGCCAAUCACAACACUCGUACUGUAGGAAGAGAAUGUUGCUGAGAAUGAUGGAUUCGAGCAGUCAGCUCUUUUAUUUCCUGUUCAGGAUCAUUAAGCAAACCAAAUCAGGGUAUUCUUUGUUAAGGUACUGAAGUGUGUGACGAAAACCAACAUUUAUACAGGAAGAGAACUAUUAGAAUGUGUUCGGUAGUUUCCGUUUACACAAACAAGUAUAGUGCAUCAAAAUUGUUCUGUGUUGUAUGGUAGUACAAAGUUUGCCUUACGUAAUACGACUGUGAAAUUUAAACUCCUCAAAUGGACUUUGUAACUUGCAAGAAUUGUUUUUUUUCCCUGCAAUUGCCUCGUCAGAUUUUCGUCCAUGCUUUCGAGUUUUCUGAAACAAAGAAUGAGGAAGGUGAUGUUUAAUUUUUUUUUUCUUUUAUGAAUGUUGAUCAAAAGUUUUGAUCUUUAAAAUAGUGAAUUCUUUCUUUCAUUCCCUUACGUUUUUCUUUGAGUUCAAGUGACUCGUAAUUUAAGAUUCAAUUUUUUUUUUAAAGAAAGUUGUGUGACUACCCUCUUUUCUCCAUUCAAGUCUUUCUAAUUAUCAACCAGAUCUGUUUAUGCAUAUCAGCAUGCACAGAGCUGAGUGUUUACAAUACGAUUUUUCCUCCCCUUACGAAGGGUUUGUUGAAUUAUUACCGUCUGGGAACAAUUUGGGGGAUAAAACAAGAUUUUAAGGGGCAAAAAAGGCUGAAUUAAAAAAAUAAACUUGGUGUGUGAACAACUUUUUGGAAUUGUGUCUUUAGUCUGUUUUGACCAAAGACCAAAUUGUCCUUAAUGUGCCCUUUAGGAGUUGAUCCCUGAAGGGAACUUGUAACUUGUGGCUGUUGGUCAGUGUUUUUAAAGUCAGAGUAGACGGUAUGUGUUAUCCGCGCACAAAAUCGUGGUUUAGUGAUGCUCAAGUCAUUUUGUUUGCCUGAGAGAAUAGCCAGUAAUAGUCUGCCUGAAAAUUAAGAGAAAAUCACGUUUAUUUGUCAAAAUGCCUUUGCACUCUGUACUGCAUAUUUAUACUUUUAGACAAACUAUUUAUGUUGGGCAUGUUAUGAUAUAGUGGGCAAAUUUUUCUUGUGUAGUUAUGAAAUUAUGCUUGGUUAAGUUCUUCAUAUACCCAAAAAAGAUUUAUUGUUAUUUUCCACUAUAUACGCGAAGUCACAUAUUUUUCAGGAAACAUCCGAGCAUUAUUUAUCAAGAUAGUCUUUUGUCAAUACCAAGGGUGGAUCCAGGGGGGUUAUAGCCCUCCCAGAAAGAUGCAAUUUUCUGUUUAGAUAAUAAUAGGUGGUUUGGGGAUGUAUUUCAUUUAUCUUCCUUUCAGACUGGUGAAUAAGUCUCAAAAUGUUGCCUCACCCCACAGAAAGGUCAUGAAAGGUCACAAAAUUUUCCACACUUUUGGUCCCCCAAAGUUCCCCUCCCCCCGGAAAAAAAUGGUGCUGGAUCCCCCCUUGGCCAAUACCAGCUAAUAAGCUGGCUGUGCUGAGUGUAAACUGUCCUGACAAAUUCUACCACAAACUUAAAAAAGCAGCUAUGUUUUGUUUCUGGCUCUUUGUAUUAGCAAAAUGAUCUCGGCACCCCCCCCUUAAAUUUUGGCAAAAGUUGAAAACUGUGUGAACAUCCUCUCCCCUUAGAAAGAUAAAUACAUGUACAUGGACACCGUACUUGCAUACACAGAGAAUUAGCAAGAUCAAAUUCCAUGGGAAAGUUCUGGACAAUAAAUGAUUUCUGUUGCCAACAUUUGUGGCCAUUUGGUGUCCGCACCCCACAAAUAGCUUGACAAUAUUUGUGCUGUCAGUGUUGAAUUGUUACUGCUCUUAAAGAUAAGUUAUCAUCAUAGUCAUUUAUUUCUGUGUUCUAUAUAAUCAUGAUUGUCUAUAAUUACGUGUAUACUAUUAUUUGGCUGGAAAUUGUAACAUUUUCCUAUCUAAAUGCUGUUUUUUCUUUUUGUGCAUGCGGUAAUUUUCAGAAAAGGUUUGUUUUCACAAAGCUUUAAAAACAUGCACAAAUUGAUGGGGAAAAAUUACUUUCAGUUUGAUAUGCAGAUAUGAUGUGCAUUAAUGACUGCUUGCUGAUCGUAUACUUUGUCGGUUUCUCAAUAGCAUAAAAACCUGCCCUGCUCAGAACAGCUCUGACAUAGAGAAAGGAGUGAAACGCUCCUAACUGCUACCAUGGAGGAAGGACACAGAAGGAGUUUGAACUGCCCAGGCUAUAACAUCUGGCCAAUCUGGCAUGCCCGGGAUGUCCAUGGCCAGAGCGCAGCGCAUGCUUGCUACGCACCGCCUGUUUUGCAACCAUAAGCCCCCCCUUUGUACCCCAUGAUCAU